AUGAGCAGCACUCAAGCUGAGAAGAGCCUGCUGGACAUAGUUGAUCUAUUUCACAAGUACACUGCAGGAGAUGACACAGUUGACAAGCCUGGCCUGACCACAAUGGUGAAGGAGAACUUCCCCAACUUCCUCAGUGCCUGUGAAAAAAGAGGCACCAAUUACUUGGCCAAUGUCUUUGAGGAAAAGGACAAAAAUGGGGAUAAAAAGAUGGAGUUUUCUGAGUUUCUCUCUGUAAUAGGGGAUAUAGCCACUCACUUCCACAAACAGAGUCAUGAGUGA